AUCAGUCGCGUUUAAUGACGAGUAUAUGAGCCUGCGAAGAAUGCCCCUGUGUACACUUUACUACUGAUCUCUAAGGGGAUCCAGGAACAACACAGGAGUCGUCAGAUGAAGAGGAGAGUGAAGGUUGAGAGGAAAGCCAGCUGACAACAACAAGCUGCCGUCUUUUCCACGUUCUCCGGCGUUCCUAGGCUUGUUUCAUAGAACAUUAUCGGAAGACUUCACACGGAAAUGAGCGAUGUACAUUUAAAUUGCGAGAGAUUCUAAAUGAUUGCGCUGCCUUUUGUUGAAUAUACAUACGGAAGACUGGUCAGCUGCUCUGGCAAACGAAUGUAGGCUAAACGUCAAUUAAAUUACUGUAAGGUUGUUACUAUUUUUUUCCUUUUACGCAGCUUAGACAUGGUAUUGCGCAAAAUGUUAGUUAGUGUGCCCGAUUCAGAAUAGACAUUUCGUGUUCUGCGAGGGAGACGCACUUUGGAGAGUCAUGAAGGACACAUCUGAAUCAAAGGACCAACAACUAACUGUUGCCUUGCGAAUCCGACCCCUCAGUGAUGCUGAGCAAGAAGAAGGAGCCUCCAUAGUCGCCCACAGGGUGGAUGACCAGAUGGUGGUGUUAAUGGACCCCAUGGAGGACCCUGAUGACAUUCUCCGUGCCAACCGUUCGCGGGAGAAGACCUACAUGUUUGACGUGGCCUUCGACUUCACAGCCACACAGGAGGAGGUGUACAGAGCGACCACCAAAGGGCUGAUCGAGGGCCUCAUAUCGGGCUACAACGCCACUGUGUUUGCCUACGGACCCACAGGUUGCGGGAAGACCUACACCAUGUUGGGGACAGACAAAGAGCCGGGCAUCUACGUGCAGACGCUCAACGAUCUCUUCCGCGCCAUCGAGGAGACGAGUGACGACAUGCAAUACAGUGUCUCCAUGUCCUACCUAGAGAUUUAUAAUGAGAUGAUCCGGGAUCUGCUGAACCCAUCCUCAGGGUUUCUGGACCUGAGAGAGGAUUCCAAAGGGGAGAUCCAGGUGGCCGGCAUCACCGAGGUGUCCACCAUCAACGCUCGUGAGAUCAUGGAGCUGCUGAUGAAGGGCAACAAGCAGCAUCGCAGGGAGCCCACGGGCGCCAAUCAGACGCCGCCGCUGGCCAAGACGCCGCGGCUGCAGGUGAUCGCGGCGGCAGCAGAGCCGCUAGGGCCUCACAGGUGGGUACACUGGGGUGUGUGUGUGUGUGUGUGUUUUAUGAUUGACCUCGCCGGGUCAGAGAGGGCCUCACAGACUCAGAACAGAGGUCAGCGUUUGAAGGAGGGGGCCCAUAUCAACCGCUCUCUGCUGGCUCUGGGAAACUGCAUUAAUGCCUUGAGUGAGAAGAGUGGGAACAAGUAUGUCAAUUACAGAGACAGCAAGCUCACUCGCCUACUGAAGGACUCGCUGGGUGGAAACAGCAGGACUGUGAUGAUUGCUCAUAUAAGCCCCGCCUCCCUGGCCUUCGAGGAAUCACGCAACACGCUGACAUACGCCGACCGUGCCAAAAGCAUCCGUACGCGGGUGAAGCGUAACCUGCUGAAUGUGUCCUAUCACAUCGCUCAGUACACCAGCAUCAUCGCCGACCUGCGCAGCGAGAUCCAGCGGCUCAAGAAGAAGAUCUCCGAGCAGACCAGCCGACACAACCCCGAUCGGACGGACAUCCGCCACGUGCAGGCAGAGGUCCAGGCCCACUCGACCCAGCAGAGUCGGGCGGAGAUGGACCAGCUCAGGGAGCAGCUGAUCGACGCCUUCCGCCAGCAGAUGGAGAUCCGCAAGAGCCUGAUGGAGCUGGACAACAGCAACAUGGAGAUCCAGAUCGACACCUCCAAACACCUGCUCACCAUCCUCAGCUGGGAGCAAGAGCGCUGUCGUCGCAGGAGGAAGUGGAGAGCGGAGAGGAGGAAGGAGACCUUCCACAAGGACGAGAGCGAGAAGGACUCCGACUCGCCCGAGUCUCCGCCCGACAGCACCGAGACGCAGGAGGUUGCCAUGGCGAGGGAGAACCUAGUCACACUCAUGGCCGAGCAGAAGAAGAUCCGUAAACAGAAGUCGUCUCUGGAGCGGCGGUUCCUGGAGUUAAGGGAGAAGGCACGGCGUCUGGAGGAGCUGCUGCCCAGACGUGUGAGCUCUGAGGAGCAGCGUGAGGUCCUGGGCCUUCUCUGCAAGGUGCAUGAGCUGGAGAUCGAGAAUGCGGAGAUGCAGUCGCACGCACUGCUCAAGGACAACGUCAUCCGGCAGAAGGACGCCGUGGUGCAGCGCUUCGAGCAGCACCGCCAUCUCUGUGACGAGAUCAUCCAGCAGCAGCGGCAGUUCAUCAUCGACCACAGUCUCCUGGUGCCCCCACACCUGCAGGAGCUGUAUGAGAUGUACAUGAGAGAGCUGGACGAGAGGAGCCUGGACCGCAUCAUGGCCCUGGACAAGGUUACCGGACGCACACUGAAGGAGGGCUCUCUGCCCAAAAUCACUCUCGCCAGUAGAGGUCGCGACCCUUUGCAAGAGCUGGACUCUGACCAGGAGAGCGUGCGGACGCUGGGCUCGGACAACCGGCGAGGUCGGGCCAAAAUCCGCAGACACACUCUGCCCCCCAUCCUGCCUGAACCUGAGGGCGACAACAACCGGGUCUUCAAAAACAGUCCUCAUGCCAGACAGAUGAAGAACUCUGUGGUGAUGACCCCUCCACCUAUACACAUCAAUGGCCUGGGCAACAGAGAGCUGCACCCGUGCGUACCUGAGAGUGCUCUGCGCUACAGCCACCUCAGCCACAGCCUCAGCAGCCACCUGGACUCAUCUCCGGAGAGCAGCGAGAACGGCACCGACAUCCCGCUCACACGCAAAGAGCGUCAGCAGAUCAUGCGUGGCGUGGAGAGCAUCGCCGUGAAGGCGGCGCGCCGACGCUCCAAGGCCCUGGAGGUGGACGCCCUGCGUCUGCUGCCGCCCUCCCCGCUGGACCCCCACAAGCAGAAGAGCAGCCUGUCGCUGAGCGAGGCGCCCCCCCUCGGCCCCCCCACGCCUCGGGGACCCGGCGUCGGUGGUAGUGUCGGAGGUCGCCAGGCCAGCCCCGAGCUGCGGCACGCCACCUCAGACGACAACCUGUCCAGCAGCACGGGCGACGGCACCUGGACGCGUCCCCGCCAGCGGCAGCAGAACGCCGCCAAGAACGCCGGCGCCCACCGCGAGCAGGACUUUGAGGCCCGCCGGCGCAAGAAGAGGUCUCGCUCUUUCGAAGUCACAGGCCAAGCUCUGUCUCAGGCUAAGACCACAGCGCAGCGGUUCCGGCCCCUUGACAGCACCUCAGACCCCCACCUCCACAUCAACCGGCCCCCAGCCCCACACCUCCGCCCCCAGCACCGAGGAGUCCCUCCCCUGGCCAAAGGACGCCUGCCCCACCCCUCCCAGACCACCGGCCAAACUGUGGACAACGGCACCAGCUCCCUGUCUCAGCUGGGCCAGUUGCGGCGUGGACCCCAGCUCCGCCAGCCUCAGCCUCUGCUCUACGUCACCACCACGGGUGCAGGGGGGCAGCGCACCCGCAAGCACUGAGGGGACGGCUGCCACCUUCCCCAGCUGACCACAGAAGAGCAGGCCCGGACUGUGGUCAAGUGAACCCUUCCCACGACACCAGCACUAACGAAGAAGUCCAGACUCUGCAAAGGGCUCUAAUAUUUAGUUAGCGACUAGGAGGGCUGUGAACUGUAAAUGUCUCACUCUCUCUCUCACACACACACACACACACACACACGCACAAACACACACAGACACGCACAGAUCCACUAACCUACUGUACCUUUGGGAGAUGUUGACAAUGCCUUGGGCUGAUCACAAAGAGCGAGGGAGAGAGAUGGUUUGAGAGGCGUAACGUUCUAAUGCUUUUUCCUCUCGUCUUGUUUCGUGACCCCCCUCGCCUGUUUUUUAUCCCCCCCCCCUUUUGCUGAAGUGCUCGAGAUGAAUGUGUGGAUCAGCGACGUUUGUGUGACGCUGUACUUGUUUGUUUGUCUUUGUAAUAUUUGACAUUCACGUUUCCAAAGGGCCUCUACAGUACAUGUGAUGUCCACCCAGUUGAUAAAAUUGCGGGGACGCUAAAUUCUUUGAUUGAGAAAAAGGAUAGAAAGAAAUACCAUGUAAGUGCUAAGACAAAUGUGAACAGUUGUGAGAUGAUAGGACUAGAGUGACAGAGGGUAAAACCUGCCAUUGAGUUCCUCUGGAGGGGAAAGACGGACCAGGCCUUAUGACGAGGGUAACGGGUAACGUAUAAAGGAAACCACAGAAUGGCUACCAGGCAAGAUAUACUCUAGGCUUCUUUAAAAGUGAUGAUACAUGGGGCAACUUUUUGAGCAAUGUUGCUAGGCAACCACAUAACCAGUUCCAUGUGUUAUGAUUGGAUGUUCAUAAAAAAAUAUGCCUGCUGAUGAUUAAAGUUCUUUAGAAAAAUAAUGUUGGCCAAUAUCAAUGGGAACGUGCCAGAACCACAAUACUUUGCCCUGCAACACUGCUCAAAAAGUUGCCUUGUGUAUUAUCAGCUUAUUGUUAAUCCACUUCAUCAGUAUCAAUCUUUCUGUGCAGACAUUUUAUACUGUGUAUUGCUUUGUUUCAAAGGAUAUAAAGACCAUAUACUGUUCAGUAUGUGUUCGCUGUUAAGUUACAUCACUAUAAAACUCUGAGUCACAAUCUGAGGCAGCAGAUAAGCCUAGUUGGACUAAAUUGAAUUUGUUUUUCCCCCAUCUGAAAUGCAGUUUACUCAUACAGUAGUCUAGGCUUAUUCCCUCAUUGUGAAACCAGCUCUUCUGGCUUUAAAAUAACCACUGUAACAGUGGCCCAUUCAUUCAUUUGAAUGAAAGUGGCAGCGUUGUUUUAGACUUAAAAUAUCCCCUUUUGAAGCUGCAUAUGGACUUCAGUGAGUCUCCUCCUGCUAUUUCUGUACUGGGAGAGGCCAAUGAUGAGGCUUCUUUACCAUCUGUCUUGUACUGCUGCCUUUAUCUGUGAUGUUUGCAAUGUUUUGUUGUUUUAUUUCGUUUUACAUGGUUAUACAUACUAUUUUCUACACUUUAUUUUGUACAUUUUUUUAUUUGUAAUCAAAAUAAAUUUGAAUGAAACAUGA